AUGACUUCACCUAACGCACAAGCUAAGGAGGCAAGUCAUUGCAUUCUUCUAUUAAAGAAUGCAUUGUUUAAAAAUGAUAUCCGGUCGAAAGAGUAUGUAUUUCAAAAACCAAUUGAGAGUUUUAAAAUCUUUAGACCAUCUAUUAGUUCUAGAAAAGCUUACUGGGCCAUACUUGGACCAAAAAAAAGUGUUUUUUUAAAAGUAGUAGCAAACAGAUAUAUUGCUGUACCUCCUUUAUCGAGAACAUACCCUUUGUUCUCUCAAACGUUUAAUUACAACAAGAUUCAAUUUCUUAAUUUUAAAGAAGAUUCAGGUUUACCCAGGAUCCAUAUGUCAGCUCGUUAUGAAUCGUUAGCACAACAGGACGAAGAAGGAUUGUCAGAAAAUGUGAACUCUACUAUCAACUACAUAACAGGAGCAAACAACUAUAAUAGUAACAAUUCUCAAUCAGAUGAAUUGUAUAUCCACGAUCUACUUGAACUCUUUAAUUUGAAGCCUUUGAAGAAUAAGUGGAUAACUGUCUUGAGUAAUGGGCAAUUACGGAGGGCACGUAUAGCAAAAGCAUUGGCUAAACGGCCUGAACUUUUAAUUAUUGAUGAUCCCUUUCUCGGGUUAGACCCGGAGGCAACAAAGCUAGUAUCAAAUUCUUUGGAGAAGGUGGGCAACAGGUUGAAUAUUGCGAUUGUUCUCGGUAUAAGAAUUCAAGACACUAUCCCUGAUUGGGUCAAUAGUGUUGGCUAUAUUGAUAAUGAAGGAACGUUUAUUGCUGGAGAAAAAAGAGAAGUCGUACCUCUUAUAAAGAGUGAGAUGCGGUCACUAAUUGAAUUGCAUCAAAAUCACCAAAGAGAGGCUAUUUCAAAUGAUUAUGAAGAAAUAUCUGCUAAGUCACUUGAAUCUUCAAACCUGCACAUUGAAUUCUCCAAUGCAUCAGUUGUUUACAAGAACACUCCAAUUUUAAAAGAUUUCAGUUGGUUCAUUCCGAAAGGGUCCAAGUGGCGUAUCUUUGGAGCCAAUGGGACUGGAAAAACCACGUUAUUAUCUUUAAUAACUGCGGACCACCCACAAUCUUGGCGUUCAGUGUUGUCUGUAGAUGGCAAGGUGAGGAAAACAGGUAAUGGAAGCUCAUUUUUUGAGGUGAACAAUAAAAUUGGUAUUUCUUCACCAGAAUUACACGCAUUGGUUCCUGGAAGCAAGACAAUGAAGGAAGUUAUUUUUUCUGGACUUAAGAAGGAUGUCGGUAAUGCAAAUUUUAUGUUUUCCGUUCCAGAAAGUAGUAUUGAUGACUUUGCUAGAAACAUCUUGCUGCUAUUCAAGGAUAGAAUUGAAAGGUAUGGUAACACAAAUUUUGCGGAACUACCUAUAUCUGAGCAAAAGCUAUGUUUAUUUUUAAGAGCUGUUAUAAAGAAUCCCGAAGUUUUGAUUUUAGAUGAAGCGUUUUCUUGCAUGGACGAUGAAGAGCUUUUAAUUAGGUGCCACAAACUUUUAGAAAGAGAAUUGCAAAAUUCGACUGUGUUGGCAAUUGGUCAUAUAGAUUGGGAACUACCUAAGUGCGACUACAUGCUCAAGUUGCAUGGUGACAAAGACCGAUCCUACAGCACAUUUAAGUACAGAUGA